GAAGAAGAAAGGAAGAAGAGAUGAGAUAGAUGAGACCACAUUUCUACACUCAAGAAACCAAUUUUUUUUUUUACUGAAACAAAUACAGCCCACAGAACAGCACAGCACAGCUCAUCUGAAAAGCCAAUCAUACGCCAGCUGAGACUUUCAGAUUCUUACCAUUGCCAUCUUCCUCGUCUUCCUUAAUUAGCCCACCGUCGGAUUAAUCGAAUUCUUCACUCAAUUGAUUAAUUUUUCGGAUCUAGAAAUGCCGGGAUUGGUAUCGGUCAAGACGCCGCCGGACGCGCCGCCGCUGCGGAUUACGGUUACAGAGGAGCCGCAGCCGCAGACUCCGAUCCGGCCCGAGCCGGCCAGAUCCGAGCCGAAAUCGAGCUCCCCAGCGCCGCGGCGCCCGCCGUCGCCCUCCCCGUCGACGUCACGCGCCAAGCCGUCGCCGGAUCGGGGCGGGUCGGCGAAGAAGAAAUCGCCGCCGGAGAAAUCCCUUCUGAACGAGGCGUCGCUGGACAACCCGGAUCUCGGGCCGUUCCUCCUGAAAUUGGCCCGGGACACGAUCGCCUCCGGCGAAGGUCCCGCGAAGGCCCUGGACUACGCGCUCCGGGCGUCGAAGAGCUUCGAGAAAUGCGCGGCGGAGGGGGAGCCCAGCCUCGACCUCGCCAUGAGCCUCCACGUGGUGGCGGCGAUUUACUGCAGCCUCGGCCGGUUCGACGAGGCCGUCCCGGUUCUCGAGCGGGCGAUCGAAGUCCCCGACGUGGCCCGCGGUGCGGAUCACGCGCUCGCCCUCUUCUCCGGCUAUAUGCAGCUGGGCGACACGCGCUCCAUGCUCGGACAGCUCGAUCGCUCCAUCGAUUGCUACAAGGAAGGCCUCAAGAUUCAGAUGGAAGCUCUCGGCGAUACAGACCCCAGAGUCGCAGAAACUUGCAGAUACUUAGCCGAGGCUCAUGUUCAAGCAAUGCAGUUCGACGAAGCCGAGAAUCUGUGCAAGAGAACUCUUGAGAUCCACCGAGUCCACAGCCCGCCGGCGUCGCUGGAGGAGGCGGCCGACCGUCGAUUAAUGGCGCUCAUAUGCGAGGCAAAAGGCGAGUUCGAAUCCGCCUUGGAGCAUCUUGUCCUAGCCAGCAUGGCGAUGAUCGCGAACGGACAAGAAGUCGAGGUCGCAUCCAUCGACGUAAGCAUCGGGAAUAUAUACUCGUCGCUCACCCGCUUCGACGAGGGGGUUUUCGCCUACCAAAAGGCGCUCACCGUUUUCAAAUCGUCGAAAGGCGACAACCAUCCCGCCGUCGCUUCGGUCUUCGUCCGCCUCGCCGACCUAUACUACAAAACCGGAAAGCUCCGCGAAUCCCGAUCGUACUGCGAAAACGCGCUGAGAAUAUACGCGAAACCCGUGCCAGGAACAUCGGCGGAGGAAAUUGCGAGCGGGAUGACGGAGAUUUCCGCAAUUUACGAGCUUUUCAACGAGCCCGACGAAGCUCUGAAACUCCUCCAAAAGGCUAUGAAGCUGUUGGAGGACAAACCCGGGCAGCAGAGCACGAUCGCUGGGAUCGAAGCUCGUAUUGGCGUGAUGCUGUACAUGGUCGGGAGGUACGAAGAAUCUCGAAGCUCGUUCGAGAGCGCCGUCGCGAAACUCCGGUCGAGCGGCGAGCGGAAAUCGGCGUUCUUCGGGGUUGUCCUGAACCAGAUGGGUUUGGCCUGUGUCCAGCUGUUCAAAAUCGACGAGGCCGCCGAGCUGUUCGAGGAGGCGCGGGAAAUUCUCGAACAGGAAUGCGGCCCUUGCCAUCAGGACACGCUCGGCGUUUACAGCAACCUCGCUGCGACGUACGACGCAAUGGGAAGGAUUGGAGAUGCCAUAGAGAUUCUGGAAUAUGUUCUGAAACUCCGGGAGGAGAAACUCGGGACGGCGAAUCCCGAUUUUGACGACGAGAAGAAACGGCUGGCGGAGCUUUUGAAAGAGGCGGGGAGGUCGCGCAACAAGAAGGCGAAGUCGCUGGAGAAUCUGAUCGAUCCGAAUUCGAGGAGGACAAGCAAGAAGGAGAAGGAGACGUCGAAGAAGUGGUCGGCGUUCGGGUUUAGAAGUUGAUUCUUCCUUCGAUCCGGAUCCGGUUUAUAUAUAUAAUAUAUAUAUAUAUAUGUGUGUGUCUAUAUAUGUAUGGCCUGUGUGGUGUUCUUUGUUUCUUUCUUCUACAGCAGCAGCUGCCAAAGUUCGAACAACAUAGCAGGAUUGGAGAUUGUCUGUCUGUCUGUCUGUUUCUAUCUGUGAAUGGUAAUGUUUUGAAGCUGUAAGCUGUUCUUCCAGACGCUUCUUGUUAUUUUCCCUUGUGUUGGUUUUUUUUUUUUUUUUUUUUUUUUUUACUUUUUUUGUUUUUUAGUUUGUUUUGCAAAUUGUGAUGUUGAAGUGAGAAAGAAAGGUUUCUAAAGGUCAGUGUAUGUAACGUUGUUACUGAUUUAUUUGUUCUAAUUUGAUGCAUGGAAUUUAUUUUUCUGUCAUUAAA